CAACGACGUGACUAGGGGGAUAAUCUUCUUGGCGACCCGAUUGUACAUGCAAAGAGCUAGCCCGAACUCGAACCAGAGCACGGGCUCCACGGCACUGGUGUUGCUGAACAUGAGGAAUUUGCACGACUACAAGACGGUGAGAGACAUGGUCCGACCUAAUUCGGAGUCGCCGUGGGGAAACUAUUUUGCAUUCUUGCACGUGCCGAUAGCAAAAGCGAAACCAAGCGAUUCCCAGUUCUCCGAUCCUUUGAGGUUUGUCCGCAAAGCUGGUGAGACGAUCAAGAGGAAACGGAGCUCCUUCGCCGUAGUCCUCACGGGGCAGCUGUUAGAGAUGAUGAAGAAAUGCAGAAACCCAGAGGCAGUGGCAAGGCAUAUUAACAGGACAUUGAGAAACUCGAGUAUGACCAUCUUCAACGUUAUAGGGCCAAUGGAGAAAUUGUCUCUGGCUAAUCAUCCUGUUAAAGCCAUGUACUUCACCGUCAUCGGCACGCCCGAGAGCCUCCAAGUAACCAUGAUCAGCUAUGCGGGAAAUCUGAGAGUUGUCGUGCGAGCUGAGCAAGGGUUGAUAGAUUCUGAGUUGUACAACCGCUCGCUGCUUGAUGCUUUCGACAUGAUCCUUCACGAUGCAUGUGGGAAGCAGUAGAAGCCAUCGCUAUUCUCCAUCAUUCAACAGUUCAAUGCCUUAUAUCAGAAACCCUAUUCUUAGUUUGUAAGGAUCUUGUUAACGAGAUAGGUCUAAAAAGUAAGCGUAACUGUUGAGUUCUAUGGUGCGGAACUCAAUGGAGUUUGUUUCGUCGGGAAUUAUCAAAUUGCA